UUUCAGUGCUAUGAAUUUUAACAGUUACAGAUGUACUGUAUGUAUGUAAAAAAAAAAAAAACAAGGAGCAGAUAUUUCUGCCACAGAGAAAAACAGUGCCUUUACCAUGACAUCUCUUAACAUCCAAAAUGUUUUGCAUUUUUUCAUUUUACCCGGUUUUCCCACAGUUCUGUCAUCAGUAGCAGUAGUAACUUGCCUAUACACCACUAUAUUCGUAUUUUGUUCAGUUUUUUUUCUUAAUGUUUCACCGUUCUGAUUUAUGAUUUAUGUUGCAGUUGGUUGGAUGUUGGAGUUGAACUGUUUGCUCUGAACUUUUUAAGUUUUUUGAUCAUGUUGAUUGAAUAAAUAAAUAAAUUAAUUGAUGGAUUGUUGUCUGGUUAUCUGUAGUUGUGUGUGUAUGUGUGUGCGCGUAUGUGACAGAGAAACAGGGGUGAUUUUGUGUGUAAUGAAAACAACGCUUUCCUAGCAUUGCAACAUUGGAGUUUUGUUUCCUCUUUAAUUAGCUGUGACCAGUGGAAAAUAAACAGUUCCACAUUUCUAUACACCAAACUGAAAACUGCACCUGUGCUUGGAAUCUCAAGGGUUUCUAGCUCUGCAACAGAACUUUUCACCAACACUGCAGUAAAAAAAAAACAGACAGAUGAGAGGGUUUCUUCUGUUCCAACUGGUAAGAUUAGAAAGACUGGCAUAGUAGGUUUCCAAAAUAGCCUGGCGAACGUCACGACUAUCCUCCGACGUGACGUCACCCGGAAGAAGGGCACCAAAAAUGGCUUCUAAUCGCUGUCGGCGAGACCCGUGUGGAUUCAUUUGUUUAUUAUUGACAUACUUCAGCGUGUUUUAUGCCGAUUAUGUGGUUAUUCAGUAUGUGCUCAUUCCUGCCUACUCCGGAAGUGUGUGGUGUACGCUGCACGGUUCAGUGUUUAAUGUAAUUUUACUGCUGCUACUUGCAUGCCACUCCAAGGCAGUGUUCUCAGAUCCAGGUAUGGUGCCUCUACCUGAGAUGGCCAUUGACUUCUCUGACCUAAGAUCACAGUCUGAACGCAUGAAUGAGAGGGGUUGUGAGGGAUGGACAGUGUGUAGCAGAUGUGAGACAUAUCGGCCACCUCGGGCACACCACUGCAGGGUGUGUCAACGCUGCAUCAGACGCAUGGACCACCACUGUCCCUGGAUAAACAACUGUGUUGGAGAGCUCAACCAGAAAUAUUUCAUCCAGUUUCUCUUCUACACAGGCAUGGCCAGCCUGUACUCCUUGGCGCUGGUGGUGUCCGCGUGGGUGUGGAGGAUCCGCAGUGAGAGGGAGGAGGACGGAGAAAAGGACAAAGAGGGGGAAGAGUCUCCCACCAAACAUCUCAUUGUGUGAGUGAAAGAGAGAUUUCAGACUGUUGAGCGAGUCGAGCGAGAGCAAAUACUUUUUCAAAUUUUAAAUUAUUUUUAAAAAUAAAAAUAAAUGAAGUCAUAUAAACUUCACUUUCCUGAGAUGUCCCAGUUUUGAUUUAACUUCUGUAACACAGUGACGGUGUACAAAAUGACAGUAUUAUCUGGGUUUUAUGGUCUGUGGGGCAAGAUGUUAGUAACGUUGUAAUAAAGCCCUUUGAUAUAACCAGAAGGCACACAAG